CAUAGGCCAGACUUCAACUCCCAACGAAAUAGGAGCCAGCCAGGUGCAGGGGAAAAAGAACAAACCCCGCCUUUAACGAUGGGGUUGGAUGUCGGUGUGGGGGCUGUGCCGGAGAACACGGCCAACGUGAGAGUUGAGCCGGAAUACAGCGCCAAUAUGGACGUUGAGGAGGAUGAUGGUACUGAUGGGGACGGUAUCAUGGGCAAUAACAUGCAUCUCUCGUUUCGUCCGACGUACGACGACUUCUCCCCAGAGGAGAUCAAGCUGGUCGACUAUGAAGCUCUUGCUGUUCGCAGCCGUGCGAAGCAGCAUUUCACGAUCACCUCCCCAAAGAUGGUAAAGACGACGAAGGCUCCUCUGCGGGCGUGCACCCCGCCAAGUGCCAACGUAACCUCCGGCGGUCUGAACAACGACGCAGCUACCGCCUCAGACUUAGGAAACAACCGGACAGGGCCUGCUGAGGCCGGCUUGAAGAGAACACCGACGGAAGAGUCGGAAGAGGAAGAGCCCGGAACCAAGGGGCAAAAAUCCAGACCAGAAAGGCUAACCGGCGUAUACUGGCAUGGACGGAGAGGUUCGCCCAACAACCCUCCUUUCCCAACGCAUGAGCGAGCGUGGGAAGAGGGCGACAAGCUCCAGCUUGUCCUUGUCCAGCUGAUUGCCCUCGCCGAGAAGCUCUGCUGGGACGAGCUUUUCAACCACGCCAUGGACGCACAUAUAUAUGGGGAGCGCGUCCUCCACCGUAAGGUGGUGUCAUCGGCUCACAUCGAGAUCGCCUUGACCAAGUGCUGCCACUCCUCGCCUUCUUGCAGGUUACUCUUCGACAUGGUGUACUUUGAAAGUAAGACGACGAACCGGGGGCAGUUUUGGAACCAAUUGUUUGCCUGAGCAUCUGGAGAUUUCUGGGAGGACGUGCACAGGAUGCUGAAGCAGCAGCAGCCGUGGAUGUGGAUACCUGAGGACAAGCCCGUUGGGAAUCCGCUUCAUCGCAAGGGAUGCACAUACCACCGGCAUCAGGACUGGGAGGGGAAGGUUUGCUUAGGAGAGGGGCUGUGUGAAACAGACGGAGGGAAAUGAAUGAAGUCUUGUUGUUUGGCUGGGCAUGUUCUUCCCGGAAAACUCAAACAACCCGUAGACCGUAGUUGUAGAUGGAUGGUGGAUGAUGGUCCUAGACGAUGGGCUCAUCUCUCUUCGAUAGGCCUGGAGAAUUACUCGGCAAAUUGGUCGAUC